AUGAAGUCGGUUACAUUUGGUAUUAGUGCGUCCGCGUGCGAGCUGGACCGUCAAACAGCGGAGGGAUGUGCACACAUGUGCGGGAUGUGUCCGUCCUGCGUGUUCGCCUCCAAACCACCGGGCUCCGCUCCGUGUGUGUGGAGGGUGUCGGAUGGAUUCAGGAGGAGGUUCAUGGUGGAGCUGCUGUUACGGUGCAGAGACGUUAAAGUGCUGGAGAACAUCCAGAGGGUGCUGGGUGUCACCUCAUGGAGUUUAUUCAACUACGCCAGGUCAAGGAGCACGGCUGCACCUCAGGGUCACCGCUGCCGGGGGAUGGACGGGAAACCACACGGCAUGGACCUGAAUCAGAUCUGGGACUGGUUCAACAGCAGCCCGGACUGGACCCAGUUUCAUUAUCUGUGCCGUCUCUUCUCACUCUGUGAUCCGGAGCUGUUGCGCAUGGUGGCUAAUUUAACCAGUGUGCUGCUGGUCAGACAGAAACGAGGCUUUCUGCAGUUUAACGUGAGUGGUCGCAGUACCUGUCAGCGUGAUGAGGACAGUGAUGGAGACUCAGAGGACCCUGCUCUCAUGGUGGUCCCGGGGUCCUCAAAGUCUGUUUCUGGAGUCAGUAGAUACAGAGACUUCAUCAGCUGCCUGCCUGUCGAUCUGUCAAAGAGGAUAUUAGGUCUGUUAGACGAGCACACUUUGAAACGCUGCCAGAGGGUUUGUCUAUACUGGCAACACCUUGCACAAGAAACCGAGGAGGAAAUGAAGUUCAGAAGACAUUUUCAGGAUCAAGUUACGGCUAUGAUGAAGAGGUGUAAAGGUAUUAAUAUGGUCAGUCCGACUUACGCCAACAUCAUUGAAGUCCCCGUGCCUGUCAAGGAUGAUGACAAAGUUGAUAUUCAUCCCAGUGUCCAACAGGUCAGUCCAUUUGAAGCUGCUUAUGCCAAAAUUGAAACCAAGAUGGUGCAAAUGGAAGAGCGAAAUGUUUACUGUGGUGCAUAUUUCACCACGGUGCUGCUGGACAAAGAAGACCAACGUCGAGUGGUGGACUACAGAGGUGGAUCAUUCAUGGCAAUGAGCUCCAAGGACCGGGCGGUGCGUCUGCUUUACAUGGUGUCAGAAACAAAAGUUGUGUCCGUGAUGAAGGGCCAUGUUGGCGGCAUCCGGGCCGUGCUGCACUGUGAGGACAGAGACCUGCUGAUAACUGCCAGCUGCGACUCGAGUAUCAGGUGUUGGGAUGUGAAGACAGGAAGGUGUGUGAUGGUGCUGUAUGGUCACAGCGGCACCAUCAACUGCCUGGACGUCCACAGGGACAGACUUGUCUCAGGAGCCAGAGACCGUUCAGUAAAAGUGUGGAGUCUACACACAGGGAAGCAUUUUGAAGAGUUUAAUUUUAAGCACCCGAGUCCUGUCCAAUGUGUGAGGAUCAACACAAGAACAGUCUACAGCUGCUGUGAUGGAGGCCUUGUUAAAAUAUGGGACAUGGAGAACGCAUCGCUGCUCAGGGUGAUUGACGCCCACAGGAGCUCUGUGAAGUGUCUGUUCUUUGACGAAUGGCACCUUUUAUCCGGGGACUAUAACGGUCAGGUCAUGGCCUGGAGCACCGCCUGCGACACUAAAGAGUGUCUCAUGACCUUCAACCACCCAAAGGAGGUCAGAUCUCUGACUCUCGUGUACCUCCGUGUCAUCACUGGCUGUGUGGAUGGAAAGAUUCGCAUAUUUAAUUUCCUCACCGGAGACUGUCUGAGAGACAUCACGGCAGAGGCAGAAACAGGCCGAAUACUGUCGCUGCACUUUCACGACAACAGUAUAUUAGUGAAUGCGACAUCCGGUGUGAAGCUCUACCACUUUGCCAAAGUGUUCUGGGAUUACAAAGAGUCAACAGAGAGAGGCCAGGCUGAUGUGGCGGCUCAGGAUGGGUUGGUUUCGGUCAGAAAGCUUCCCCUCACCUCUGUCGGGGCCGAUCACACAGCAGUGGUGGCAUCACACAGCCAACAGAUGCACGACUGUAACAAGAAACCAAGGAGAGCUGAGCUGCUUUACGACACCUGCUCCCUGCCCACCUCUGAUAAAUGUCGAGCACAAGCCAGGGAGCGCUGUGAGACUGCUGAACAGUCUGUGAUGCUGAGUGAGAAGGCAACGCGUGAACGGAUACAGAAGAGGGGGCUCCAUCAUCCUCGGACACGCGACUCCAUCCUCCUCAGGGUCAACGCCAUCCAGAAGGCACAGUGCAAGGACGAAGUCAGCAUCAACAUGGAAGUCAACGCCAGGCUAAGAGAUUCCUGGGGCCCUCACACGUCUCAGGAUCCUCUGCACUGCCACCUGAAACAUGAUGUUCAUCCCAGGAGGGCCGAGACAUGUGUUCCAAUUUUAAAGAGAACCGUCAGUCAAAAUACGUCAAACACGGUCCAGCGCAGAGAUGUCUCCACAACUCCCGUCACCACGCCAAGACGCCACGCCUGUUCAUUUCCUAAAACAGCACCGCCUCACAGCGCUGACACACGCAGGGCAAUGAAGAGGAUGAGUGGAUUCAAUACAGGCGCCACAGAGGGCCCGCGGGCUCCUGCGUGCAUGAGAUCGCUACCUAAUCCAGAACGCUCCAUGAAGAGAAGCACCAGCUUGCCCAAGAUCGGCCCCGUGGGUCCAAUCAGAGAGCAGGGAGGACUCAGGCUGCUCACCGUGACCCAGCUGGAAGACAAUCGAGCCAAGAUGGAUCUCAUGCAGAACUGUGAGCAGAAACUGUCCAAGAGGAAUAACAAGCUGGAAACACUGUGAAUAAAGUCACACAUGCAUCAAUAAAUACUAGUUUAUUUUACUUUUUUAUGAUAUGUGUCAGCAGAACUCCACUGCACAGUGGGUGUUUAGGAUCUCUGGUAGUCCAUGGGACAUAUAGUUUUUUAAAUGUGAUGUUUCAUUAACAGUCCACUAGGGGUCAGUAUUGUAUCAUCUGAUUGUGGCUGAGCGGUACAGAGGAGUUUUACUAAGCAGUUUGCUUUAGAUUUUAUAUUACUUUUUCUGUUCAUUUGUAGUUUAAUUAUUUAUCAGAUGUAUUUUUUUCGCCUUUUCUUCACUUUAACGUUUAAAGUUACUAUUUAUAUAUUCAGUUAUAAAGGGAGGAGAUGCACACACAGUUAAGUCUGUUUUUAAUGCAGUACCCUUUACAUAUUUUAUGGAAUAUGCAUCUAUAG